AUGCCCACUCUUGAGACCAUUGCUAAAAAACUGCUUGGCGCAAAGACCAAAAUGGGAAAAGACACAUUUCAGCUCGCUGGCCAGGAAUGGCCAAAGGUAACCUGGUGGAGAAUGAAAGGCAUGCGCUUCGUUUAUCUGACAUUGUGGGCGGCGAUGAUCACGUCUGCCACUAAUGGUUACGAUGGAUCCUUGAUGAACGGACUGGAGUCCAUUGCCUCAUGGAACGAAUCUUAUAACUAUCCCCAAGGAGCGACUCUUGGUCUUCUUGCAGCUGCGAUGUCCAUCGGCUCAAUGCUCUCCAUUCCAGUUGUGCCUUAUAUUGCAGAUGUAUGGGGUCGUCGUGCUGGAGUCGUCAUUGGCUGCAUCAUCAUGCUGUUCGGUGUCGCGAUGGUCUCAAUUGGAUAUCGUGUUGCGCUUUUUGUGGUCGGUCGCGUGGUCUUGGGUUUUGGACUCGGAAUCGCACAGGAAUGUUCGCCUUUGCUGGUCACUGAACUGGUCCAUCCUCAACAUCGAGCGGUUUACAGCAGUAUCUAUAACUCACUGUGGUAUGUUGGAAGUUUGAUUGGUGCAUGUGUGGCUCUAGGUACAAAUCACAUCCAGGGUAGUGCGUGGGCGUGGCGCGUGCCGUGUCUUCUGCAGGGUAUCCCAUCAGUCUGCCAGCUCGUCUUAAUCUGGACUGUCCCUGAGUCGCCGCGAUGGCUUAUUUCGAAAGGCAGACUGGAAGAAGCCAAGAAGGUGCUUGCUUACGUCCAUGCUCAAGGUGACGAGGACGAUGCACUGGUGAAUGUGGAAUUCGAUGAGAUCCAGCAGACUAUUGCGUUGGAGAAGGAGCUUGAGAAGAAUAACUGGUCUGAGUUUUGGUCGACUUCUGGAAAUCGACACCGCUCAAUCAUUCUCAUUUCCAUCGGCUUCUUCUCGCAAUGGUCUGGCAAUGGAAUUGUGUCCUACUUCCUUCCUCAGGUCCUGAAAAUGAUCGGAAUUACCAACAGUAACACUCAACUCACGAUCAACCUCAUCCUCAGCGCUGUCAAUGUCGUGUCGGCGACCGGUAUCUGUUUCUUCGUCGAUUAUUUUGGCCGUCGGAAGCUCUUCCUCACUUCGAGCGUUAGUAUGCUACUCUGCUACAUAGCCACAACAAUUGCGCUUGCCCGAUUCGAGGAGGACACAACAGGCACAAAUAACGCUGCGGCUCACACGGUGAUCGCAUUCAUCUUCCUCUACUACAUUGCCUAUAACAUCGGCUUCAGUGGCAUGCUCGUCUCUUACUCCUCAGAGAUUUUACCAUACCGUCUUCGUGCCAAGGGCCUGACUCUGAUGUUCUUCUGUGUUGAUCUCAGUCUUUGGUUCAACCAGUACGUGAAUCCGAUCGCUCUCAAGAAUAUUCAGUGGAAAUACUAUCUGGUCUACUGCGUGUUCCUGGUUUUUGAGAUUUUCAUUGUCUGGAAAUUCUAUAUUGAGACUAAGGGAAUUCCAUUGGAAGAAAUUGUGAAGAAGUUUGAUGGUGACCGAGCUGUUCUUGGUGGAGCUGCAGCUUCUGAGAAGAUCCAACAGCUUACUGAAGAGGCUCGUGAGGCGGGUGCUUAUGAUGGGGAGAAGGCAAUGAGUACACAGGUUGAACUGAGGACUUAA